CAGUUACCUUCCUUAACAAAAGAAAACAGCUUGACGAAAAUGGCUGCCAAGCAAUCCCCUCCAAAUUGACAAAAAAAGAAGAUUCAUUUAGCUUCUCAAACUUCAACCCUAUCUCUAUCUUCUUCUUUUGCUUCCUAUACCGAUCGUUUGAUGAUUAGAAGAUAAUCUGAACCCGCGCCGCCUUUCUCCAUUACUUGAGGUGAAAUUUGAAAAUGAAACAUCUACUUCAGAUUCUUCUUCUUACUUCAUUUGUAGCUUUUGAUUCAGAAAUUCCCCGAUUACAGGCUAAUGAAAUCUUGAAAUCAGAUAUAGAGUCAAACCCUGCUUUAAUUUCUUCAAAUACUAGUGAAUUGAAUAUUAGUAAAGAUGGGUUGAAGAAUCCAUCGACAGUAGAUUCAAAUAAGUUGGAUCAAGUAGAGAGAGAUCAUUCAAAGGGACAGAUAGAAUCUGUAACGGGUAUUGAUAGGGAUUCAAGGAAAGAGAUGAAAAAGAAGAAGGGUUUUGGUGAAGUUGAUUUGAGAGUUAAGGGUUUGGAAAAUCAAGAAGAAACAAGUAAUAAGGAUGUUUCAGUGAGGAAGAUGAAGAAACAACAGCAGCAGCAAGUAUCUCAAAGUGAAGAUUGUGAUCCUUCAAACAGAUGUGCUGUGAAUGAUAACAGUUUAAUCGCUUGUAUGCGAGUUCCUGGAAGUGAAUCUUCAGACCUAUCACUUUUGAUUCAGAACAAAGGGAAAGGGGGUUUGGAAAUUAACAUUUCAGCUCCAAAUUCUGUUAGGCUGGAGAAAAAACAAGUUAAUCUUCAAGAGAAAGAGAACAUAAAGGUGAAGGUUUCCAUUACAAAGAGUGGAAGCAAUGAAGGCAGCAUGAUCGUUCUAUCGGCAGGCAAUGGAGACUGCAAUCUCGAUAUAAAAGAUCUCAUUACCCAAUACUCAGAACAGAAGGAAGUAAUUACCACCAGCAAAUUCAUGCCAAUGAUCUUCAUCAGACGAAACCCUAUCAUAGUAUCAUCGCUUCUCGUUUUUCUCCUUUUAGUUACCUUAACUUGUACAUACCUCAGCUUCUUCCGUAAGAAGCGAUUGGGCAGCAUGACAUCGUUGUUCCCAAAAUAUCAAAGGCUGGAUGAGGAAGUUUUGCCUGUUGUUUCGAGUGGUAAAACAGCUCAACAACCGGAAUCGAACGAUGGGUGGGACAACGGAUGGGGUGAUAAUUGGGAUGAUGAUGAUGAAGAAGCGCCAACAAUGCCUUUAACGCCUAGUCUUUCAUCUAAAGGACUUGCUUCUAGGAAGCUCAACAAAGAUGGAUGGAAGGAUUAGGUUUUUGGUUAGGUGGUAAAUGCAAUAGAACUUAGUCAAUGUUCUUAACAUCAUAACAUUGCCUCUUUUUCUUUUUCUUUUUUUUUGAUUGUUUGUUGAUUUAAUCUAGACGAUUGGGGUCUCACGACGGUAUAGUGAUGUGAAAUUUCCGAGCAUGAAAAACGGGGCUCUCACGAUAAAGUGAUGUGAAAUUUUCGAGCAUGAAAAAAGGGGAUUGUGUAGUUUAUACACUCCCAAAAAUUGAAAUGGUGUUGUAAAAAUGAGAAUUUAGGCAACAAUUUUUUUUAUGUAA